GUGAACUAUGAUGUAGAAAAUUGGGAACUGUUGAUAAAAGAGCUGAACAUGGGGAACGACACCAAAAUACACGUGCUGAAUCGUGCACAGAUGAUUGACGACGCGUUCAAUUUAGCUCGUGUUAACAGUUUGAACUACACGGUCGCUUUGAACGUGGCCCUUUACUUAACGGACGAGGCCGAUUACAUGCCCUGGCAACCGGCGUUCAGACACUUGAGCUUCCUGAGGAACUUGUUAC